AUGGCCAUGGCAAGAGAAGGUGAAAUUCUGGCAAUUUUGGUGCUAUUUCUUAUGCUUCUGCUGCUUCAUUUCAAGACUACUCAAGCAGCUACCUACAUUGUUGGAGAUGAUUUAGGUUGGAGUCCAGAAGUAAGCAUGGAAAGUUGGGCUGAAAAUAAGAAGUUUUAUGCUGGUGACACACUUGUGUUCAACUAUGAAGCUGAUUCAUAUAAUGUGGUUGUGGUGGAUCAACAAGGGCAUGAUACAUGCACACUUACUGCGAAUGCUAAAGUUUUUGAUUCAGGACAUGAUCAAAUUAUGCUUGUUUUCGGAGCAAAUUACUUCAUUACUAGUAAUCCUGAAGAUUGUCAACUAGGUAUGAAGAUGGCGAUAAACGCCACCAGCCACCGCUCUGCCAGAAAAUCAUCUGCUACUGUCACCAAUGUCAGAAUGAAGAGGGGCCAGUAG